AUGGCGGGAUCAUUACCUGGGGAAUCUUCACAUUAUGGGAAUUCCGAGAGCGGGCCAUCUAGGAGUUCUCAAGAGAGACCAGAGGAAGGGGAUCGUUGGUAUUUUUCAAGGAAAGAAAUAGAAGAGAAUUCCCCGUCAAGAAGAGAUAAUAUUGACUUGAAGAAAGAGACGUAUCUACGGAAAUCCUAUUGCACAUUUUUGCAGGAUCUCGGCAUGAGAUUGAAAGUAGAAGCUGACAGCAGCAUUCACAAGCCCCAGGUAACCAUAGCCACAGCAAUAAUAUUCUGUCACAGAUUCUUCAUUCGUCAAUCACAUGCGAAGAAUGACAGAAGGACCAUAGCAACUGUUUGUAUGUUCCUUGCUGGGAAAGUGGAAGAGACUCCUCGGCCACUAAAGGAUGUUAUUCUAGUUUCAUACGAGAUAAUGCAUAAAAAAGAUCCUGCUGCAGCCCAGAGGAUCAAACAAAAGGAAGUAUAUGAGCAACAGAAAGAGCUUAUUCUACUUGGGGAGAGGGUUGUACUUGCCACUUUGGGUUUUGACCUGAAUGUUCAUCACCCUUACAAACCACUAGUUGAAGCAAUAAAGAAAUUUAAGGUUGCACAAAAUGCCCUUGCUCAAGUGGCAUGGAAUUUUGUUAACGACGGGCUGAGGACUUCGCUCUGCCUGCAAUUUAAGCCCCAUCACAUUGCGGCAGGUGCCAUUUUCCUUGCUGCCAAGUUCCUCAAAGUGAAGCUUCCAUCGGAUGGCGAGAAGGUCUGGUGGCAAGAAUUUGAUGUCACCCCACGCCAAUUGGAGGGUUGGUAUCCUCCUCUUGAUAUUGUUGUAAGACUUGUAUGGAUUCAAUUGGACAGUCUUCAAAUAGCCCUGUGA